AUGAGAGCUGGAUGGCGCCUUCUGGUGGACAAUGGCGCUCUGCAGCCGGACGAUCCAGGGCAAGCCGUAUCGUUUCUGCGCUCCAGGCCUCAAGGUGCAUAUACGACUACAAGGACUGUAAAUGGAGGUUCCUGUUUGCUGUUAUGGGAGCGGCAUCUUGCUCGCGUCUGUCAAUCGAUUCAGCUCCUUUCUACCGACUUAACGUUCAAUCUGGAUGGUAUGAGGAAGCUCGUGAUAUCGUCAGUUCAUGCCGGAUUUGAGGAAGCACUCGAUAGGAAAUCUGAUGGGGAGGAGCUUGUGGUGACUGUUCUUGCUUGCAAAAGCGGUCAAAAAUUGCUGGAUGUAUAUGUUCAUAUUGCUAGCCUGCUUCUAGCUCCUUUAUCACCUGCAGACGUUGCAGUUAAGGGUCCUAGUCGCAACGCACCUCUUUCGAAGUCCACGCACCUCUCGCCACCUCAUAUAUAA